GAUCGACAUCUACCACUCGGAGCGCAUUUAUUAUACUUCUGAUUUAUUUGAAUAGGACGCGUCAGAAAUGAUAUAUUUUGUUUCCGUUGCUGCAUAGGUGCACAAAAACGUCUUUUGACCGUAUGACGUCAUAAUUUUCCUUAUCUUUAUUUUAUUCUAUCGUUGGUUGUGUUCAUCUGUUCUCAUCGCGAACAAAAAGUUCUACACAACACAACUCACUUGUCAGCAGUAUGAAAUAACAGCGAUAUCAAAUAUCAAGUUGAAUAUGCUUAUGCCGGCAAAAUUAACGCAAAGAUUCCGUCUAUGCGAGUGAUAAAUUAAUCAGUGCUGUCGUUAGAACGUUAUGUGAUGUGAACUUGAACAACCAUUUUCAAAUUUUGGACAUAAUGUUCAAAUUAACGACCUUUUAUUUCCUGUAUUUUUUGGUAAUUCAAGAUCACUUACAUGCUGACCCCAAAACCAAGUGCGAAUAUGAAACGGUAACAGGAUAUUCUUACGCGGACUGUAGUGAGAUGCGAUUGACGGAAUUUCCAAAGGAUAUAAAACAGAAUAUCGAAGGGCUGUUCUUGACCUGGAAUUUCAUAGAAGUUCUUCAUAACGAUACCUUUUUGAAUUAUUCGUCCAUCAAAUUUUUAUAUCUUGAUCGAAAUCCUGGUCUUAUAAUUGAAUCUUUCGCAUUUGCACCCUUGACGAAAUUGAACGUCUUGGAUAUCAGUCAUAAUAGGAUUGUGAAUAUUUCCAAUAUUCACCUUCCCACAUCAUUGAAAAAAUUGUAUUUAAGCGGAGUAACGACCAUUGCAAGUUCAAUUGAACUGCCCAUCAGCUCAUUACGCGAAUUGAACUACCUAGAUCUGAGUCGAUGUGAGUUGAAUCGGAUUCCUUCAUUUGGAGGUAACUUACCUAGUUUAGAAGCACUCAAUCUGACGACGAAUACUUUGGAAAACUUCAAGGUUGAUAAUUUGGCUUUCUUAUGCCAGUUGAAGAAAUUGUACAUCUCUCACGACCUACCAGUUCGAAACAAAUGUGAAUGUUUGAAAAUUGAAAAGUGGUUGCAAGAUCAAAGUAUAACGGGGUCAUUUUUUUCUUGUAACAAUUCCAUAAGAGUUGGUGAUUGCAAUGCUACCUUAUCGGCCUCUUUUUUGAAAACUUACGAGUCGUGCAAAUCCGAUGUCAUGACUAAAAAAUUUUUUUAUUGGCUCCUAAUAGGAUGCGGAGUUUUUGGAGUAUGUUUUUCUUGUAUUGUGCUGUAUAUUUGUUGCCAUCGGAAAGGCUUAUUUUGCGAUGUUAUAUGUUGUCGAUGUUUUUGUAAAAAUAGGUAGGAUGAUUGGUUAACAAUUUCGUUGAAAAUUUUUGAAUGUCUUUUUUGUAACUUGGUGUUAAUUUGUUUCGAGUGUGUAAGAACAAUGGUUUAUAUAUGUGUACUUAUUCUAUAGUUUUUGUUGUAUGUGUUUCAGAAGAAUUCUAGUGUUUUAAAUUUUUAUUUUUGUUAUAAUGUUUGUGUUCCUUUCCUUCUGAAUGCAGUUAAACUAUUUAUUUUGAUACUUUGUAUGAUAAGUAGUAUUACUGUUUGUGUAGGGGCAAAAAUAUAGAUGAUUAUUAUCAAAAUAAUAUAAUGCAAUUAUUCGUUGCAAAUGAAUUGUAAAUAAUUGCAAUGUGUAUUAUCAUUUAGAUUUGAAGACUUGAGAAGUAGCAGAACAGAAAACAAAAUUAAUUUCGAAUUAUUCAGUAAGUAAUCAUUCACAUUCUUGAAUUCAACUGAAUUUUUAGCGAAGGUAGUGUGAAAUUGUGAAAUUACUUUCGAUAUUGUUGUACUUCGUGUACAUCGGUCCUAACUUAUCACUACCGACUACAUUUUGAAUUUUGAACUUUGUUAUCACAUGUCUUUCAUUUUUUGAUAUUUUAUGUAAAUUCUUGUUUUUUCUGCUUGAAAAAUAGAAAUGAAUUAAAUUAUUUAAUAAUGUAGUUGACGAACGUAUCAACAAUGAGUGUAUUUUUUACGAGAUUGACUUUUAAAAAGAAUCGACUUAUUCUUCUACCAAAACAAAACAUUACCUCAUAUACGCAAGGACAAUCGCCUUCUGCAAAUACAAGAGAAUAUUUCUAUUACAUUGAUCAUCAGGGCAUGCUAUUUCUAGACGAUGCUCGUAUAAAAAAUUUUACUUCGUGCUUUAAAGAUAAACAGUUUUUGCAUUUUUUCUUCAAAAGACUGAAAAAAAAUGAUACAGAUAGGUAUCCAGAUUUUCCUUACUUAUCGCCUUGCGGUCGAGAAAAGAAUUAUGUUAGAUGUGACGAUUGCCCAGUAGUAUUUACUCACGUAUUGAACAUCCAUGGUACGGAUAUGAUUAGUCACAAUCACGCCGGAAAUUUGCUAAUUCUGCCUUUUGAACCAAUGAAGAUCUAUGUGCAUCUUGAAAAUGGUCGCGUUUACCACCCUGGACCAAAAAAAACUGGAUUCAUUGGAUUAGUACAAUCAAAGUUAGCAAUUGAGUUCAGUAAAUCUCUGAUUUUUGACGCUAAUAACAAGGCCACGCGUUUUAUUUGGAAAAAUAAUGAAUAUCAAUUGAAUCACCGAUGGCUCGAAGAUGUGGAAAAUUAUAGUUUUCACAAUGAAACAACUACAAAUUGUACUUGAUAAUUUCGUAGUAUAUAUUUUUUCGCAGUGCGACGAUAUCGACUUCGUGAUCAUCAUCUUUAUAGUAGUGGAUGGAGAAUGAGUUUAAUUAAUAAAAAUCAAAUUCGCAAA